UGGCAGAGGGGGAAGGAGCCGCCUCGCGCACGUGAGAUCUGGCGGCUGAGGGCCCGGUGUGUCCCAGAAACUUCCAUUUCCAUGAGCAGGAGAGAGACAGCGAGCGGCUUCCCAGUUUCUCAAGACUCAUUUCUAUACUUAUUUGCAGUGCUUGCCUUUCCCUGAAACUGCGGCUCACAGAGAAUGAUAUCACAACUACCAUAAAAAUAUCAGAAUACCCCAUAAUACCCCGCCUUGGCACCUCCUCACAUAUAUUGUCUUUAGUCUUUGGCAGCUUCUGUGCCUCCUCCCAGCUUCUGUGCCUCCUCCUUCAGUCUCCAUUGGGUAUCUAGGAAUAAGGACAGUAUAAGGCAAAAGGCCUGGGUUCCAAACGGGCCACUUCUCCAGUUGCUGUUCAACAGCCGUAAUGAAAAGGACACCGCCUUCCACUGUAUUCUGUUUCUCCCUUUCAUGAAUGAGUGGCUUCUUCCUUUCAGUUUAAGCACUGGCUGACCUUGAGAGGUUCAAAAAGAGAUACUAUGGAGCAUCUAUAUCCUGGCACCCUGAGACUGUUGCAUUACAAGUUUGUGAAGACUUCACAUUAUUCCAGAUGAUCUAUUGGAUCAAACACCUGAUUAGAAUGACGUGUGAACUAGUUGGGCUGACUAUGGAAUCGUUGCUGUGGUCAAAUAAACCUUAUGGUCCCUCUAGAAGUAUUGUAAGGAAAAUUGGCACCAAUCUCUCUGUGAUACAGUGCCCAAGAGUUCAGUUUCAACUUACCUCUCGGUCUGCAGAAGGCAGUAAUUCUGAACCAUUCAGAGAAGAUGGAGUAAUCUCUCUUGCAGAUGUGGGAUGGAUUGCUGAAGAAGAAGGUCAAGUCUCCACAAGGCUCAGAUCAGAAGUCUGGCUAAAAUCCCAACCAUCUUCUAGAGAUGAAGCCUGCUCAGGAAUAGCUCCAGGUGCUCCACUGUCUUUAUCAAAGCCUUCGCAAGAGAACACAGACUCUAACGUUGCAGUGGCCACAAACAAUGAAGCUUUGAAAAAAAUCAGCGUGUUAGAAAAUGAACUUGCCAGUUUAAGAGCUCAAAUAGCCAAAAUUGUAAGCUUGCAAGAACAGCAGAACCUGACAGCAGCUGGAGUAAGUUCUGUUGCAUCAGCUCCCCUUUUGCCAGGAGUGACAGCAGCGCCUCCGCCACCGCCCCCACUGCCGCCGCCACCACCGCUGCAACGGAGUAUCUCGGCCAUCGAUCUUAUUAAGGAGCGUAGAGGAAAAAGAGGGAAUUCUGGACAGACUUCAGUCAGUAGCAAGCCAAAGAAGGCUGAAAUACCAAACAUGCUAGAAAUCCUCAAAGAUAUGAACAAUGUAAAACUGCGGGCAGUUAAAAGACCAGAUGAAAAUACAAAAAGAAAAACCAUUGACCCAGCAGAUCCUGCAGCUCUGAUAGCUGAAGCUCUUAAAAAGAAAUUUGCUUACCGAUACAGAAGCGACAGCCACAGCGACGCUGAAAAACCAAUCCCAGCAUCGACAACCAAACCAUUUGGGCCACACAUGCUGAAGGCCACAGGAAAAAUAAAGACUCUGGUUGAAAACCAUUAAUUGUCAGCACACAAAGAUUCCUCUACAAAGAGAUUUUAUUUUGACACCGUGGCUGUAUUAUUCAACAUUUAGCUUCUUAGGAACUGGACGGAAAUGUGCCUCUGGCAUUUUUUUACAUAUAGAAGAGCUUUUAAGUACAGAAUUGGCCAUAUGGUAUUAGGUCAUUAGCACUAAUUCUAGCUAUAUGAAUAUUUUAUAAGCAUGACUGACAACGUUAAACAUCUUGUGUGAAGGGAAUUUUGAAAUGAAAUAGCUUUUUUUAAGUUAUUGUAGCUCCAGGGUAAUAGCUGGAAUAACAUAAUGGGAGUUUUAUUACCAAACCUUAGUUUGGACAUCUCUUUGUCAUUACUCUUAUGUUAGAACUCAAUCUUGUGCUAUAUUCAGAGCCCCAGUAAUUCAAACACAAAAACUUUUCUGAAACGGCUGCAACUCUGGCCAUAGCACUGUGACAGAAGUUUUUUUAUUCACCUUAUUUAUUAGUUGGUGAUUCAGAAGUUAGCAUGCUUUAUCCAAAGACCUUCCACUGAAGCAUGCUUUGUCCUAUAGCACACGUGCUCCACAGUAGGAUCAUAUUUAGUGACAUUAUACUACCGAAAAGUUGAACCAACUUUUUAAAAAUGGGCCUAAACCCUGUAACUACAACCUCAAGAGAUUGGAAAGUAGUGCUGAUACAGAAGAGCUGGAAUGUUGUACAGUCUACAUUGGCAAGUCUCAGAAACUGGAACAGAUAACCUGGCUUGCCAGUAACCGACAGUGUUCUUCUAAGUUCCCUCACAGAUCUCAAGAUAAAAGGGAACACUUGCUUUGCACUGGUUACUUGUCAUUUGAAAUGUCCAUGUGGGCUGCUUGGCUAAUACCAGGCCACAGAUCCGCUUGCUACUAUCUCUGCAACAGUUCAGUAAGAGUGAACAUUUGUUCCAGAGAGCAAGCAGAGCCAUCCACUGGCUCUUGAAUGAUACUAAUUAAAAAGAACUUCACUCUAAAAGAGGGUAGAUUAAAAAAUGCACGUUUUGUCUGUAAUUACAGUUUUCCUAAAUGCAACACAGCUUUGAGUCUGCUAGUUAAAUGUUAGCAUUUAACUGAGUACUUAUUACCAGUUGAUGUAUAGACUGAUAGGGAUCGAGAUUCUCAGUACUAAGAUUAAACUUAACUGAGGUAUGAUCACAGACUGUAGUAUCUCUCUAACAUUUAACACUUUUAAGAAUGAAAGGGUUUUUAUAGUGUAAAAGUUAAUUUUAUGGACUGCUUUGAACCUGACCUCUUUCAAAAUGAACGGAGGUGUUUUAAAGUCAGUGGUUUUCUUCCAGAGACAUUAGUAUUUGGUCUUGUAUCACCAUAUACAAAAUUAAAAGCAGUUAAGCUUA